AUGGCUGGAGCCACGCGGGAUAGGCGUCUGGUCAAGGAGCUGGGCAAGAUUCAUAAGGAUGGAAUGCCCCCUGGUAUCACAUUGAUAGAACGCAACGACAGUGUUGCUGGCGACUGGUUUGUUGAUAUCCAGGUUCUCGACGACAAUCCGCUUUACAAGAACCAAGUCUACCGCCUCAAGUUCCAUUUCCCCAAGAUGUAUCCCAUAGAGCCCCCUGAGGUCACUUUUGACAAGCAAACCGAUCGGCCCAUUCCCAUGCAUCCUCACAUAUACUCCAACGGCAUCAUCUGUCUAGAUCUUCUAGGUCAACAGGGUUGGAGUCCAGUCCAAAGCGUUUCGAGCGUAUGCAUGAGCAUCCAAAGCAUGUUGACGAGCAACGACAAAAACGAGCGACCUCCCGGCGAUGAGGACUUUGUGCGAGGCAAUAAGCAACGGCCCCGAGACAUCGAGUUCCUCUACCACGAUAACACCGUGUGA